GAAGAAGAAGAACAAGAACAAGAACAAGAAGUCACCGCUGCUGGAGGACUCUCUCACUUGCGUGUUGUUGCUAAUGCUAGCUGGCGGAGGGAGUUGAUAUGAACACAAUGAAACCUUUGGAGGUUUUGUAAAGCAUCCGUGAAUCUUUGAUUAGACUCUCGUACUGCAUUAUCCGCGAGGAAAGGUAUUGGUAGAAAGAUUCAACAUGGUCACACCAGUGUCUGUGCUGCGCAUGCCAAAAGGACCAGACCCCAACAGCCGCGGAUUUGACCCCAAAUCACCCCGCUUCAUUGCGCUUUGUCGCCCCUCCAUUCCCACUUCAGCCGUGUCAGAUGCAGAUGCUGAGCAGCUGCAGAAAGAGCAGCAUGCACGGUCUGUGCUAAGAGAGCGUUUCCUCCGAUGUGUCCUCUCCAUGACCAACAAGAACGUUCGGUUUCACAUGCAUGAGAGGGUGAAGGUGGAGGCCACAUUUGGGGCGUCUGACAUUGACGUACUGAACUUUCAGGUGUCAGACUUGCACACUCCUAUCGGCGUGCAAAAAGAGGCACUGAUCAGGUCUCAGGAUGUGAUUUCAUUCACUUUUGACAUAUGAAAACUUCAAAUUUUUUUCUGUUUAAACAAAAUGACAUUUGGAUACAAGGUGCUUGGGAGCCUUAUUUGUUGUUCCGAGUGGGCUGUAUUGGCACCCUCUGUGAGAUAGUUAAUAAAAUGGAUUAUAUUAUGUGGUUGUGCUUUGCUGCUUUCAUUCCUGUCUGGAUUGCUCAUUAGAUUACCUGGCAUGUGUGACCGAGCAUUCAAAAAUCCAGCACUAAUCAGCAGUGCCCGUUUUCCAGCACAAGAGGGCGUCCCGUACCUGUGUUUCAAGUGUAACACAAAACCCUCAUGUUACAUCAUGUUCAGGUUUCCCCGGGUUUGAGUGAUGUCAGAUUUCUGCCACAGGGUUAAUCAAAAUAUUGACAAAGUGUGUAAUAUUUUCCUGAUGACUACUAAUCCUUUCAGAAAAUGUUUACUUACAGUAACAUCUGGGAAGCAGCUGUCCAUAGUCAAAUGAAGGCUACUAGUCUAAUAAGUUCAGGAAGUUGUAGAAGUAAUGCAGCCUUUAAAGCCAGGAAGUCAGGCUGUUAAAGUUUCACAUGAUAGUUAGCCUUGCACCACAGUUGGUCAGUGUGUCUCCAGUGUCUGCUGUACGUCAUGAGG